UAUGUUUGUGCUUUCAUGAUCUUUUGGCAACACGUUGUAACCUUAUGGUAUCGUUCUCCAGAAGUGCUUCUGGGACAAUCAUAUGCAACUCCAGUGGAUAUUUGGUCUGUCGGAUGUAUAAUGGCGGAAUUAUUUAUGUUAAAGCCAUUGUUUUGCGGUACAUCUGAAGGAGACCAGCUUAGUAAGAUAUUCCAAAUACUAGGUAAACCUCAUGAGAAUGAGUGGCCGGCAACUAACGUUUUUAUUAACUAUAAUAGCUUUGAAGUAAAAAAUAAGAUAGAAAUUAGAACUCUGAUACCAAAUAUAUGUGAUAAUGCGUUUGAUCUUAUUAUGCGGAUGUUGACCUUCAAUCCUUACAAAAGGAUGUGUGCCUUGGAAGCGUUAAAUCAUGAAUACUUCAUGGAAGAACCUUUGGAAUUGUAAGAAAGGCAAAAUCGUUUACUUAAGCAUCUACUACCUGUAAAUUAGAAAUACUGUGCCUUGAAUUAUUUAUUUUUUAAUAUUCUUUUAGAAUAAGUGAAAAUUAAAUAU